GGCCCAGCUGACCCAACAACCCCCCUCACCCUCUCGUCCCCCUCUUCUUCCCUUCCCUUCCUCGUCCCUUCCAGGUCACGACGCUACCCCCAAAUCCCCAGCCUCCAGAUCCACCCGCCGCCGCCGGCAACCCCGUCGCUUCCCGGCCCCUGCGCGCCCCAGCCAGCCAGGAUGGCGCACGAAGAGGCACCAUUUUACCCACGUGAGAAGCUUGUUCAGAAGCAGCAGUAUUUCCAGAACUUGAGCAAGCAUAUCCACCUUAAAGGCCGUUACGAUGCGGUCAUCUCCGUUGCCAUUCCCCUUGCGCUUGCUGGCUCCAGCUUGUUCAUGAUUGGUCGUGGGAUCUACAACAUGUCUAACGGGAUCGGGAAAAAGGAGUGAAUUUCUGUCGGUUUUGCUAGUAUCUCAGGAAGCGGCAUGGAAGCGAUACUGCCCAAGCUAUGAUGCCAUCUUCGUUUGCAAAUAAUAUUGUCAGAGAAAGACUGAGUUCAUUUCCAGUUCUCUUUUGUUGGUAUUUGUGGAUAUUUGAUGUCAGCAAAUUGAUGCUAAACUGGCAAUGAUGAUUCUAUAACAUUGGCAUCAUUAUCCUUUCUGUUAA